AUGAAGCAGCUCGUCACAAUUCUGUUGUUCACCACCAUGAUGAUUGCUUUGAGUGCGGCUGGCGGAAAGAAGGGUGGGUGCCCACCAGGGGAGGAAGUCAAAGGGAUCUGCUGCUGCCACAGUUGCAAGAAGAAGGUCAAUGGCAGGUGGCAGCCCAUCCAGCAGUUCAUGCCCCACUCCACCAACAAGGUCAUCAUUGAUGACGGCCAGGCCGCCAAACAGUUCUGCCACAACAAGUGCUUGGCCUGCUUUCUUAUCAAAAAGCGCUCCAUCGCCCACACCCCACACUGCCACUACACAUGA